AUCAUUGGUAGCAGACGACAGAUAUAAAGAAUUAGUUUAUAAACAAUUGUUUGAUUGAUUGUUAGCUACUUGUAUAAAUAUGCACAAAUUGACUUCCUUGUGUUAAGUGUAUAAAUAUUAUAAAUAAACAAAGAAUUUAUAAAUUGUGGUGAAUUCUAUUAUUAAAACUAAUGAGAAAUUAUAUGAUUGUUAUCUGAAAUUAGUUGAAAAUUUUCCACAAAGCAAUAUGAAUAAAAAAAGUAAAGUCAGUGAUGAUAAAGGAAAACCUCAUGGUUUUAAAAGAAAAUUACAACCGGAAAAAAUUAUUGGCGCAACUGAUUCAAGUGGAGAAUUGAUGUUUUUAAUGAAAUGGAAGGGAACAGAAGAAACAGAUUUAGUAACUGCAAAGGAAGCAAAUCUUUUGUGUCCACAAACUGUUAUUCAAUUCUAUGAGGAUAGAUUAACAUGGAAUACUACGAAACCCAAGUAAGAAAGUUUUUGUGACUAUAGGAAAAAUGGAUUCAUAGGCGUCUAGAAAAUAAUCAUAUGUAUGAACGAUUGUGUGAUAGUUGAUAAUUUAAAAUUUAAGUCAUUUUUGAUAAUAUAAUUAUUCAAAUUUUCUAAUAAUUAUCUUUCAACAAGGAAUAUUAUUUAUAUAUUUGUAUUUUCGACUUCCUCUUUUAUAUUGAAUAUUAUGUAUGACGAUGUUAGUAUGUUUAUUUUUAAAUCCUCUUUUUCUGCGCUUUCUAUAUUUUUGAUAACGACAUAUUGUAUAUAUAACAAUUGAGCAUUGAUUAUAAGUACAACAAAUGUAGUAGCAGAUAAAAAUGUGAGUUUAAGCAGUGAAAUAAGCAAUUUUUCAGUCAACUAUUUUUUUUAUAAUUGCACAAAAUACGUUAAAAAUGCAAUUACUGACAUUGUAUUUGUUAAAAAUAGUUUAUUAUUACUGCUUUUUGUCAAAAAAAAAAAAAUUUGAUCCAAUUUACUAUAGUAAUUUCAUUUAGUUAUCUUUCUCAGUAAAUUCUAGUCUUCUCAUUAUAGAAUUUAUUUAAAUUUAUAUUAAGAAGUGUGUUUAAAAAUUCCAAAUAACUACUUUUUUCCACAAUUUAUAUUUUCUGAAGAACAUAAUAAUAUUUUACAAUAUAAUGUAAAAUGUCCGUAAACAAUAAGUUUUAUUUUCUUAAAAUAUUUACUAAUAUAUAAGUAGCAUAUAUAAAUUGCUAUAUAAUUAAAAUUUGUCCUAUCUGCUGCUUCCUCACAUUCUUUUUUUUUCGACGAAAUGAUUAUAGAAUUAAUAUUUAUUUUGAAAAAUCAUAUAACUGACUAGACACGUUUAAAGUUAAAUGUAUGUAUAUUGUAAUUUCUUUUUUUUAUAAGUGUUUAUACAAUUUUGUUUACUUUAAAAAUACAAUUUUGACAACAAGUUUUAAAAUAAUUAUUUUUCAUGAAAGUCAUGAUUAUUAUUGAAAAAAAGGUGUGAAUAAAUUUUUGUGAAAUAGAUCUGGAUGUACUACAAUCAAAACAUGAGUGCAAAGAUACUUUAAAAGAAAUAUGUAGAUUAUGGAUUGAAUAUGUAUGUACAAAGAUAUGUAUGGAAAUUAAAAUUAAACUUGUAAACUUUUA